GCACACUGGACUCAUUGACCAAACACUUGCAUGCAUGUUUAUGAGCAAUAUAUUUCCCACAAAUCCCUACGGCAAACAAUGAAUCGUAAUGACGCAAAACACAACACGAGGAGAAACCGGCUGAACUCUCGAACGAAUAAAAAAUCAAUCCUAGACAUGCAAACAAUUAUACAAUGCAAGUUUUACUUCCGAAUUGCCUAUUUGUUUCAAUUACAUUACUUAUGAAGAUUAUUGUUCUAACUAGAAGCCGUACUCGGUUUUGGAAUGGGAUUGCAGACUGACGUUUUGAACAGCAGAGUGACUCAAACGAACAAAUCCAGGACUUGUGUGAGGGCCUUUUCCUGCUCCAGGACUCUCCAUCAUCGGCAGAUCCUCCCUUUCCGAAUGACUCAGGCAGCUAUGUAUGUGUUUGGGUCCCAUGGUUGACUGCCAGGUUUGGGCCCCAUGAUUGGCUGCUAGGUUUGUAAAGUGUUCUACUCCUCCAAACCCAACCCAAGCCCUAUAUCCCCCAGUCCUAACCCCUUAGCCCUGUGUCAUUAUUUUGCCUGACUAGCCCGAGCUCCACACACUACUAGCCCCAAACCCUUAACCCUUUGCCUCCAGAUCCCUCUCCUUUCUUUCCUAACACCAGCCACCUCCAGACCCAGUACCAGCCCCAAGCCCCUCUCCCAACCCUGUUCUUCCAGUCCCACCCUCUAUUCCCCCAGACCCCUACCCCUCUCCCCUGGCCCAGCCCCACAUCCAGCCCCAGUACCAUGCUGGGGAGGAACAUGUCCCAGAAGCUGAGCGUGCUGCUGAUAAUCAUGGGGCUGGCGUGGGGGCUCAUGUUGCUGCUCUACACCGGGCAGCAGCAACACCACCAGAGCAGUGGCGAGCUGCAUCAACAGAUCCUGGAGCUGAGCCGGCGCUAUGUCAAGGUGCUAACCGAGGAGAACCAGAACGCACCGGGAGGACCGCAGGGCACCUCCAUGGCUGGUUACGCUGAUCUGAAGAGGACCAUAGCGGUGUUGUUGGAUGACAUCCUGACGCGCCUGGUCAAGCUGGAGGGGAAGAUUGAGCUGGUGGCCAACACUUCAGUCACUAACUCCUCCCAUCUUGCUGUGGGUGCCUUGGCCUCAGCUCCAGUUGCCUUACACAAAUCCACCAAGCAGGACACGCCAGGCAACCACCACCUGGAAACCGCUCGCAUCCCUCCAUACACACCCAGCAGACCUCGGCCAGGGGUAUAGUAGGGCCUGAGGCCCUGUUACAAGUGCAUCCUUUCUUCCUAAGUUGGUCACUGAUCUAAUAAGGUCGGUAGGGUGGUAACUCUCAUUUCACUUGUUUAUUAAUUUACAGAUCCGUGAUUAUCUCAAGGGAGCAAGGAAAGAUAUAUAUAUAUUCCAGAUCAUUUAAACCUAACCCUGAGAAAGGACUGACUGCCUGUUCAUUUCCAAUAACUACAUGGCUGAUUUCAAUUUUUAUACGAAGACAUUUUAGUCCAUGACUGAAAGUAUUAAAAAAGGUGCCAUUUUAGCUUCCCUUUUUUAAUGGUUUCAUCAUGGAUGGGUCUACAAACUGCGGAUGUCUUUGAGGAUGUCUGUGGGCAACAACAUAGCAUCAACAAUAGUAGAGGAAAUAGACAAACUUCUAUACUCUGUAGUGUCUUCAAGGAAGCUGAUGAUGCUGAAUGUGAAUGGCACUCCCACCCAGAUAUGACUUACCUCGGACAUACUGCCUGCGGAUUUGCAAUACUGCUUCUAAUCCCAUCCAUAUCAGAAUGCUGAACUGUAAAAUGUUCUCAUGGUAGUUUGGGAUAUAUUUUGUAGUUUACCGCAGCUCCUGGUGUGUGUGUGUGUGUGUGUAUGUGUUUGAAAUGAAAUAAAACAUUUAAAUAAUAAUAAUUUAGCCGUUGUACAGUAGACUUCAAAAGGAUAAAGUGAUGAUCCAAAGAAUGUUAUUUGCACUCUCCUUGAAAGCUUGAGAAAUGUACUUUUACGUUGAUUGAGUGAUGAUUUUAGAGUGUAUAACAUGUCGAAUGUAACUCAAUAAGCGGAUGAUGACCAAGUGAUUGCUAUUGCCCAAUUCCAACUCCAACUUUCCUCUUCGUCACUACCCAGACUGUUAAUCCUUGUCGACUUCCCUUUGCAGAUCCGAAUGGUUAGGACCAGGGGGUUUUCUGACCUGACCAGUAAAAACUCCUAUCCCAAUCAAUGUACAACCUGCUUUUGUCUCAAUUUAGCCCUCUGAGGAAGUUGCUUGCCUAUUGCUUACACAUAUCAGUUCCUUUAGUCUGAGAUCACAUUACACAGUGACUGUUUGGGGAAGCCCUAAAAGAUAGUGGGCUAGACCAACCUUUGUGUGUUUUACUUAUUGGAGUGCCUUACCCCUUUUAAUACAAACCAUGGGCUGCCUCCAGAUUCUCCACUGUUUCAGAAGCGUGCACAUGAACACUCCCUGUCAUGGAUUUAAAAGCAUUGGAUUGGUUUAAGCAAAACCCAAGAUCAGCAUUCAGGGGCAACUUCACACAGCACCCUUGUUUGACAAGACAAUGGCAAGUUGGCCAAAGCAGAAACCGACUGGAACCCAGGAGGAUGGAUACAUGGGAUCUCAAAUUAUAUUUUUAAUAUAUGGGUUUGUAGUUUAACAAAACAGGCACGUGCACAAUAGUUUACAAUGUUUAUUAAAUGCAUAAAUAAAUGUGAACAAUGA